CUUCCUGUUAUGAUUUUAAAAUAUAAAACACAAUUUCCACGUUUUUAUUCCAUUCUUUUGCUUCCCUGGCGAGCUGUAGAGUAGGCGCUAUGGACAUGACACCGAGACUGAUGUGGUGGUUUGUAUUGGCGUAUCUAAGUUUUGCUGGGCAAGUAGGAGCAGAUGCCGAUUUAUCAGAAGAGGAAAAUGUUCUUAAAGCUUUGUUAGAAGGAGAAUUUCUUCAAGAUACCUGCUCGUGCACGGCUGCCUCUUGUGUGUGUUGCAAAACUGUGACAAUGCAUUCCAUGACUAAGAAUGUCUGUGGCCAUAUCACCUACGGCGCACAGUCCCAUGAGUUUUCCAUCAUGCUUAGUGCAGAUGGAAUGACGUUGGUGGACAUGAAAGUAACAACCUCGAAUCCACAUGGAUGUAAACAGGUGACAGUUAAAGGCUAUAGUGUCAGAGUUUGCGUAGAUAUCACAAAUAUCAAGACGGAAUCCGGCGUCAGUGGCUGCCUGACUGUUACUGUUACCAUGGGGCAGACGUAUAAAUUGGAUCUGGGUUGUUUCAAGAUGCAAACGUCUGCUGACAAGAUUCUUCUCUUCAAUCCCUUUCUUGGAAAAAUUUUAGAAGGAAAAAAAUAAUUUGCAUGAACAGAAAAUGUUUUACAUGAUCAAAGUUCAUGGUAAAUUUAAACUUGAAUAGGAAAAACUUGCAUAGAUUGAAAAGCGUUCUGCUGACAUGUUUUCUUCUAAGUGCUAAUUAAACAUUUAUAUUGUUGUUUCAUUUCUAUUAAUAAAGUAUUUCAAUUACUUAUUUAAAA